AUGUAGUCAAAAGAUCUGAAGUUUUGCCUGCAAACAUGCACGUUUCAAAUGCACAUUAAUAUACACUUGAAGGACAUAAUGGUCAUAUCCAAAAGCUCAACGGUCACUUUAGUCAUUCACCAGAAAAAAAAAACGGUUUAUACCAGUCUCACCUUUCUUUACCGGCCAAAAGAGCCAAGAUUGUGCAUAUAAAUGAGAGAUUAACCAGACAUUUCAUUUUAAAAAUUAAAAAAAAAAAAUUAAGUCUAACAUAAACCACGAGCUAUCUUUUUCUUCUUCUUCCUUCUUCCUCCUAACAGCUGAUAUGAUUACCCUGGCAGACGUCUACCACAUCUUGGUGGCAGCAGUUCCACUGUAUUUUUCCAUGAUCUUAGCCUACAUCUCCGUAAAAUGGUGGAAGCUCUUCACCCCUGAUCAGUGCUCAGGAAUUAACAAAUUCGUAGCAAAUUUCUCAGUCCCACUGAUGUCAUUUCAUGCCAUUUCCACCAAUAAUCUUUACCAUAUGAACCUAAAACUGCUACUUGCAGACUCACUACAGAAAGUACUAGCCCUCCUUCUAUCUGCAAUCUUUAUCAAACUUAGUUCCAGAGGCAGCUUAGAUUGGCUAAUAACUGGGUUCUCUCUAGCAACACUCCCCAAUACAUUGGUCUUGGGAAUUCCGCUACUGAGAGCCAUGUAUGGGGAUGGUGCAGCCAAUCUUCUGUCUCAGAUAGUUGUCUUACAAAGCACAGUUUGGUAUACCCUUCUGCUAUUUCUGUUCGAGUUCAGGGCCGCAAAGGUGGCCGCUGCUGCUCAAUUGUCUGAGACCACAGGAGAACUAGAGGUUCAAGGAGAAACAGAAGGUCAUGAAGCAGAGGAAGCAAAGACCAGACCCUCAAGAAAUAUCAAAACCAAGCUUAUUCUGUUGAUGGUGUGGAAAAAGCUCAUGAGAAAUCCCAAUACUUAUACAAGUUUGGUUGGUCUCAUUUGGGCAGCUAUCAGCUUUAGGUGGGGAAUAAAAUUGCCAACAAUAGUUGAUAAAUCAAUAUCAAUAUUGUCAGACGGCGGACUUGGAAUGGCCAUGUUUAGUUUAGGUCUUUUCAUGGCAUCACAAUCAAGUAUCAUAGCAUGUGGGGCCCGAAUGGCAGCAUUAGCCAUGGGAAUAAGGUUCCUUAUAGGACCUGUCCUCAUGGCAGUCCCAUCUGUUGCUAUUGGACUGAGGAGUGUGCUGCUAAAUGUGGCGAUUGUGCAGGCAGCACUUCCUCAAGGAAUUGUGCCAUUUGUGUUUGCUAAAGAAUACAACGUACAUCCAGAGAUCUUGAGCACUGGGGUUAUCUUUGGCAUGAUCAUCGCAAUGCCGAUAGCAUUGGCCUACUACAUGCUUCUAGGAUUGUAAAUAGCCGCGAUUCUCAUGCAACCAAACUGGAUCAAAGAAAAUGGCUACAGAGGGCUACAUAAAGACAG